AUGGAAAUUUCGGACAAAACGGAAGUAACAAGAGAAAUACUUCAUAACGAUGCUUUUGAGUGUCUUUUCGAUCCUGAGUCAGUAUGUUGUAAAGAAGACUCUAUGGAAGAUAAAGAUCUUGAUUAUCAACCACCUUAUGAUCCUGCGACUGGUAAAGAAAAAUUAAAAGAACAAAUAACAGCUUUGAACAAUUUUCUUUCUGUCUGUGGCAGUAAAAGAAAAGUAAAUGUGACAACUUCCUAUAAGGAUCUAUCACAUCGUGUCAAAUUGCAAUAUGUAAGUUUAGUAAAACUCAUAACGCGAUCAGCUACAUUGUUGAUAGCAUCGGAUGAUGCUGACAUGCUGAUGCAUGACUCAUUUAAGGACGUAAACAGUGAAAAUUCGAAUAUUGUUUUAGACGGAAAUUUUCGUCGAAUAAUGAGUGGUAUUUCAGAAGCAUAUACCAGUGCUGAGUCGUGGCAAUCGAGACGAGAGAUUCUCUCAAUCGUUGCACCGAAAAUAUCGUUAAAUCUCAUGCAACUGUUCAUACCAGGUUUAACUGGUUACAGAUUUUCUGCAGCGCGCUUGCACGCUGCAAAAUAUGGUGUCGGUUCAAAAGUAGAGAUAAUACAAAAGGUUGUACAACGGUUUGAUGAUAAUCAAAUCGCCCACUUUGUUGAUUUUAUUAUUUCACCUCACGUGUGUACGGAUUUACCCUUUGGUGAAAAAGUGUUGAAGUUAUCAUCUGGAAUUGAAUUGUUCAUUCCAAAUACUCUAAGAAAUAUGGGAGCAACUCGUAUUAUCGAUCAGUAUCUUCUUUAUUGUAAAGAGAUGUGUUCAGAUUUUGAACCACUUGGUAAGAGUAGUUUGUUUACUAUUCUCGAUACUUGUAAAGCAUCAACAAGAAAGUCUUUACAAGGUAUCAAUUACUUUGCAGCUGAAGCUGGAGAAGCAUUUGAUGGUUUACGAAAAAUGAUUGAAGAUAAAGUCGCUCUUUGUAGUGAUAGUGAACGACUUAUUGAGAAUUUGAAACGUGCUCGAUUUUAUUUGAAAUCUGAUUAUAAAGUGCACGUAACGAGAUCAAGCAAUAUUGCUGAUCAUUGUUGUGUUUAUGCAUUGAGCGAUCCAGAAGGACGCAAUUUUUCUCAGGAUUGUGAGUAUGAGCACGAUGAAUCGUGCAUUGAGUGUUCGAAUCUAACGAACACGCUGAAUGAAAUCGAACGAUUCAUCGAAGAAACAGAAACAGACGAAGAGUUAUUCGAUCGAGCUUUGAAAAAGUUUCGAUCAUAUCGUGAAUCUAUUGAAGCAUGGAAAGCGCAUUUACUGCAAUCCAUCAAUCAAGAUUUGUGUCGAGAAAAUUUACUCGAUAAGCUAUCUAAUAAUGAGAUUUAUCUCAAUCUUGAUUGGGCCAUGAAAUUUCUUCCUGUGAAAAGUCGGGAACCACAGUCGGAAUUUUUCGGUAAACGAGGCAUCAGUUGGCAUAUUAGUGUUGUAAUGAAGAAUGAUGCAGGUGUUGAAAAUGAGAACAACACAUUCGAUGAAGACAGCGAUGUCUUUGAUGAUAGUCAGCAAAUCAAUUAUCAGGAAAUGACUGAUUUGUCUGAAGAAAACAGUGAUGAUACUAAUGUCAUUGAUAAGAAAGGGAAACACUCUUUCAAGUAUAAAGUUUUUGUACAUGUUUUUGAUCAGUGUACACAGGAUAGUGAGACAGUCGUCGCUAUCUUGAGCGACGUUUUAUGCUACGUCAAAGAAACUGAUCCACAGAUAAAAGAUGCAUUUAUCCGAUCAGAUAAUGCAGGUUGUUAUCAUUCGGCAAACACACUUGUGUCAGCCAAGCAAAUAUCGGAAAAGACUGGUAUAGUAAUCAAGCGGAUUGAUUUUUGUGAUCCACAGGGUGGCAAGGGUCCUUGUGAUCGUUAUGCUGCCGUAAUUAAGUCAAAUGUUCGUAGAUAUCUGAAUGAAAAUCAUAAUGUGACAACUGCUUCUGAAUUUGUCGAAGCAUGUCAUUCAUACAAAGGGGUCAAAGGUGUUUUUGCACUUGACUGCCGAAUUGAAAAUAAUGAAUUAAAAAAAAGUAAGAAGUAUACGAUCAAGCAGAUAACGAACUAUUAUAAUUUCGAGUAUCAAAGUCAAGGCCUUUCAGUACAUCGCUCAUGGAACAUCGGUUCCGGCCUCUUGAUACCGUGGUCACAGUUGAAUCGUGAUCAACCCAUUUUCAAUCUAAUAUCUAGUAAAACAGAAGGGUUUGUUCAUGAGUGGGUAGAGACAAAAGAGAGACAUCGUGAUGAAGUUAUGGAUGUCGACGUCUAUGAUGCACAAGACGAUGAAUCAUUACAAAACAGUAAUAAGCAAAAGAAUAUAUAUGCAUGCGAUGUUGAGCAGGGUUGCACUGCAGAAUUUGUCAAAUUCGGAAACUAUAUCAAUCAUAUACUCAUUGGUAAACAUCGAUGUACAAUUGAAAAGCUUUCAUUGAAAGAUACAGCUAUGAAAAUGUAUCAUUCGAAAUUAGAAGAAGUAGAAAACCGACGAUUAAUAUCGAUUGAUAUGAACUUAACGGAAGUAAUUGAUGAUGAAACAAGUUCUCUUCCGCAAGGUUGGGCUUUGCCCAUACGCAAACCUAACACAAAUUUUUCAGAUAAACAGCGUGGAUACCUCAAAAAAAAAUUCGAUGAAGGCGUUUCCGAUGUGAAACAUUGGAAACCGAAAGAGGUGGUAUUAGAUAUGGAGACCUUGAAAGAAAACGGCAAGUUUUACUUUUCGGCUAGCGAAAUUUUAAAUGAAAAUCAGGUUCGAUCAUUUUUUUGCCGACUAAAACGCGAAGGACAGAUGAUUGCCACACGAAAUUCGUCAGCUGGUAGUGUAGUUGCCAAAGACAAACUUGUCAAAAAUCCUACUCAUGAUAAUAACGAUGAAGAAAUUGAUGCAGAGAUAGAAGCAUUAAAUCAAGACUUUCAAGAUAUUGAAAUUGCUCUCCAAGAAAUCGAAAUACUAGAAAGUUGUAAAGUUUUGGAGAGAACGGAAGUAACACGAGAAAAACUUCAUAGCGACGCUUUUGAAUGUCUUUUCGAUCAUGACUCAGUAUGUUUUAAGGAACAUUCUAUAGAAGAUAAAGAUCUUGAUUAUCAGUCGCCUUAUGAUCCUUCCAUUGGAGAAGAAAAAUUAAGAGAACAAAUAGCAGCUCUGACCAAUUUUCUUUCUGCUUGCGGUAGUAAAAGAAAAGUGAGUGUAACAACGUCUUAUAAGAAUUUAACACAUCGUGUCAAGUUGAGAUACAUUGGUUUAGUUAAACUUAUAUUGAGAUCAGCUACAUCGUUAGUGGCAUCAAAUGAUGCUGAUGUCUUGAUGCUGGACGCAAUCAACGAUAUGAGUAAUGAGGAAUCAAAUAUUGUAUUAGAUGGAAACUUUCGUCAAGUAAUGAGUGGUAUUUCAGAAGCGUAUACCAAUGCUGAAUCGUGGCAAUUGAGACGAGAGAUUCUCUCAAUCAUUGCAUCGAAAAUAUCAUUAAAGCUCAUGCAAUUGUUCAUAUCAGGUUUAACUGGUUACAGGUUUUCUGCAGCACGCUUGCACGCUGCCAAAUAUGGUGUUGGUUCGAGAGUUGAGCCAACAUCAAAAGUUGUACAACGAUUUGAUGAUUAUCAAAUCGCUCAUUUUAUUGAUUUUAUUGUUUCACCUCACGUGUGUACAGAUUUACCUUUUGGUGAAAAAGUACUGAAGUUAUCGUCUGGAGUUGAAUUGUUCAUUCCAAAUACGAUAAGAAAUAUGGGAGCAACUCGUAUUAUCGACCAAUAUUUUCGUUAUUGUAAAGAGAUGUGUUCAGACUUCGAACCACUUAGUAAAAGUAGUUUAUUUACUAUUCUCGAUACUUGUAAAGCGUCAACAAGAAAGUCGUUACAAGGUAUCAAUUACUUUGCAGCUGAAGCUGGAGAAGCGUUUGACGGUUUAAGAAAAAUGAUUGAAGAUAAAGUCGCUCUAUGUAUUGAUAGUGAACGACUUAUUGAGAAUUUGAAACGUGCUUGA